UUUUUAAUCGAUGCAUGUUACAAUAACAGACGACAGUUACGAUGGGUCAACAUAACGCAGAACCAGAGACCGUCACACAAAGUCUUUCAGAUACGACAUCGGAUAAGAGGCGCACUGAUGUAUUUAAACGUAGAAAGCCGUUAACUUUCUCGCCGAAGCGCCAGUACGGUUUGGCCGUUAUCUCCCCUCUGCAAAAACACGACAGCCGUGAAAUUGAUGGUAGCUCUUCUGGAACAUCUUCACCUGCUCAUUCAAACAACAUAUUAGAAGAAAUCACCUUUGAAAUCCCAAGGCGUGCAAGACGGAGGAGCUUGACUAGUUUUCGGCCUUUCUCUUUUGAUGCGCGUGAUUCUGCACAGAGAGUCGAACGUGAGAGGAGAUUGCGAGAGAUGCGCCAGAUGCAAGAACAGCUAUGGAGUUCAAAUUUUAAAGCUCAUCCAGUGAGAAGAUACAAGCCUCUUAUUCAGCCCAAGGACCGUUCAAGACCCGUUUAAAAAGUCUAAAUAACAUUUAGAUUUAAGUU